GCGACCGCGGUCUCCCGACGCGUCGCUGUCUGCCACAGUACUCGACCAUGUCCACAUCCGUAGAGUCAUCAAAAUGGAAACACCUCCCUCCGCCACCAGGAUUCAGCGCUACGAGCUCUUCAUCGAAAGCUCCGAGCAAGUCCUCUACAGUAGCGGCAAAGUCGUCUUAUGAGACGCUGAAGACCAAACGAGCAUGGGACCUCGCGAUCGCGCCCGCAAAGUCGCUCCCGAUGCAGGCGUUCAUGCUGUACAUGUCGGGCGGCGGCGUGCAGAUAUUCAGCAUGGGCAUCGUGUUCAUGUUGCUGAGCAGUCCGUUCAAGAACCUCGCUGGGAUUAACAUGGCAUUCGCGCCCUUUGCACCGAGCUCUUCGGACCCAAAAUCCUUCUCGACACUCGUGCUGCAGAAGCUUGCAUACCUGCUUUGCAACCUCCUCACUCUCGCGCUCGGACUGUGGAAGUGCCGCUCGAUGGGCUUGCUUCCGACCGGAACCGGAGACUGGCUCGCAUUCGAGACGAGAGGACAGCCCCCGGAUAUUGCUUUGAUAUGAUCGAUCCUGCUGAGGCCGUAUCUCGGUUCUAGAGUUAGUUUUUUGUGGAAAGGACUCGUCCUGGUGCUGGUAUUGUUCCAUUGUUUUGUAGUAGCUAAUUGUCACAGUUCCUGCUUCUAAGUAUCACGUCAAGGCUAUAUUCAGCAUCAAGUCCGUCUCACCACUCUGUCAGGCAUCGUGCUACAGCCUAAGAUCGUGGAAGUCGCUAUAUUCAGAAAACUUCCCUCCCAUCAUCGUCAUCGGCACUUCAAUGCAUGCGAUACUGUUCCAAUGUGCAUGCACACUUGGACCCACAUAAGCCAGCACUCCACCCAUGUCCUCCAUCCCUGGCGAGCUUCUUGCCAUGCGUCUGCUUCCAUGUAAUCAUGCGCGGUCUC